AUGGCGCCUGGGAAGAUUGAAGAGGAGCGCACCGGCUUCGAUCACUGGCGAAACAAAGCUGAUGACUUAUCGGGUAAUUUGAAUGCAAGCUUGGAGGAAUGGCGACUCGAAUCGGAACGGAUAAUUCUUCAACAAGCACUCAUCAAAGAUGCAAAGAUUGUGCGGCUAGACCAUUCGGGCACUGACACAAUAUGGGUUGCCUUCAUAUCUCUCACCGAUUCAGUCUCAGAUAAUCGGGAAACGGCAGUGUACACAGCACGAAAGGCAUUGAUGAAAGGUCGAAAAUCUACCGGUAAAAAAAGUUUGCCAGUGCCUAAAAAAUGGGCUGUUGUUGCAAACGUGUCUUCGAUAUCAACCAAGUCAAUCGACGAGGAAUCACUUGGAAGAAUAAUGACCGGAUGCCCCGAUGGUGAUACGUUGGCGGCUCUGAAGCAAAAUAUUCGACAUGCUUUGAAGAGAAAGGAGUUUGCUGGGGAAAAUUUCGAUUCAGAAGACUCCCAUACCAUCCCAAUGGAAGAAGCUAUGAAGUUGUUGUGGUGCCAUGUACUAAGAGUCAGAGCUGAGUCAAUUCAAAGCCAUGAUACCUUUAUGAGGCAUGGCGGUGAUUCAAUAACAGCAAUAGAACUUGCAACAACAGCCCGAGAAUGUAACAUCGGCAUCGAUGUUCCGACAAUAAUCCAGCAUCCACGACUUCGCACCAUGGCAGCAGCGGCGUGCUUGAUAGAGCAGGAAGUAGUUGGGACCCCGGAGCCGUUUUCUCUGUUAUCACCAAUUGAACUUCCUGGAGUUUUGGAGACGGCCUACGAACAAUGCGAAAUGCUUAGAGACGAAACCAUAGAAGACGCCUACCCUUGCAGCCCACUACAAGAAGGUCUCAUGGGCUUGGCUAUUAGGCAGCCUGGCUCAUACAUCACGCGCCGGUCGCAGCCGCUACCCCCGGAUAUAAACGUCAAUCGAUUCAAGGCGGCUUGGGAAAGAACCAUUAGCCAGUGUUCAAAUCUUCGCACGAGGAUUAUAAUGUGCAGAGUGGGAGCUGUCCAGAUUGUCUGGGAAAACGACAUAUCUUGGGAUGAUCUCUCUCUUUCCCCACAAUCGAGCACCGGACAGGACCUUCAUGUGGCAUAUGGAACGAGGCUCAACCGCUACAGCAUCUCUAGAGAUCCUACUAGUGGUAGGUUUCACUUCAUAUGGGUAAUGCAUCACUCCAUUUUCGACGGAUGGACAGUUCGCGCGAUUCUCGAGCUGCUAUAUCAGCAAUACUAUCAUUUGGAAGCUCCUCCAAUCACACCAGCACCGUACUCUGGGUAUAUCAGAUACAUCAAAUCUAGCAAAAUUACGUCUUCCAUCGAAUACUGGAGGAGUCAAUUAUCUGGUGCCAAAAGAGCAACAUUUCCACCAAAUGCCUCCUCGGACCGUCAUAAGGAAGGAAUAGCCGGCCAUUACAAGCAUGAAAUAUCUCUGCCAGGCAUGAAACAAGAAUCGAUGACAAUGGCCACGGUCCUACGGACAACCUGGGCAAUUUUACUGAGCAGAUAUUGUGACACCAACGAUAUCUGCUUUGGAACUACGGUAUCCGGUCGUCAAGCCCCCGUUGCCAGCCUGGAUAGAAUGCUUGGGCCGGUAAUUGCGACAGUACCUGUGAGAAUUCGCAUUGAACCGCCCCAACCGAUAUCACAGAUUCUUUUGACUGUACAGAACCAAGCAGUUGAGAUGGUUAAACACGAACACUUUGGACUACAAAAUAUUGCCAAACUAAACCCUGACGCUAAGGACGCCUGCGACUUUUCUAGCUUGUUCUUGAUUCAGCCGGCUAUCGACUUAACUCCUCGAAAUGCAAAUGACGGACAAAUUCUUGCGUUUGGCAACCUGGCUGAGGAGGCAAUGCAGAGUUUCUUCAACUAUCCGUUGUUGGUGCAGGCGCAAAUAUCCAGAAGCAACGACAUCGAGCUGAUAAUGACCUACGACUCGGGGCUGUUACAAGAAUUCCAAAUCCAGGCGUUGUGCCAUCAGUUUGACUGCGUUCUUCAACAACUGGCACGGUCAACUGCCUCAGAUACGGUUGGCUCUGUAUCCGUGGCCGGGGAUUGGGAUCUCCAACAAGCCAUAAGGUGGAAUGGCACUAAACAAGUAAAACUACUUGAUGGUUACCCAGGUUUUGUACACGAAUUUAUAUCGGACCGAGCUUUAAAGCAACCGGAUUGCGAGGCAAUCUACACAUCCGCAGGAUCCCUGACCUAUCACCAAUUGGAAGUUCAAUCCACGAAAUUUGCCAAGCUCUUACAGCUGAAUGGGGUCAAGCAAGGCAUGAUAGUCCCAAUAUGUCUCGAAAAGUCUAUCUGGGCUGUGGUUGCCAUGUUGGGUAUCUUGAAAGCUGGUGGUGCUUUUCUCCCUUUGGAUCCAUCGCAUCCCAAAGCUAGGAGACAAGGACUGAUCGACCAAGUCAACGCCCAGCAUUUGAUUGUGUCACCGUUAGACUAUGCUGCUAACAAGGACAUGGCGAAGAAUGUUUUACAGAUUCAUGAGAACUUUGAUACGCCUAUUUCAUCCCCUAAAUCCAGCAACUACGCCACCAACCUAACCUCAAACAACCCCAUAUACGUCCUGUUUACAUCUGGGUCUACCGGUACACCGAAAGGCGUGUUGGUAGAACACGGAGCAGCCACAAAGAGUAUAUUGCAACAGAUACUUAGUUUUGGAUUUGGGAAGCACACCAGAACGAUCCAAUUUGCGGCAUUUACAUUUGAUGUAGCCUUAAUUGACAUUUUUGGAACCCUGGUAGCUGGCGGCACUCUCUGCAUUCCCAACUCAGAGGAGCGACUAUACAACACGGAUUCAUACAUCGAGGAAGCUUGUGUCAACACUGCUUUUCUAAGUCCAUCUUUCUUGCAGACUUUGAAUCCCGAGAAGGUGCCCAGUCUGAAGGUAGUCGUUCUUGGAGGCGAGGCCGCCACGCCAGACCUGAAUCUUGCAUUUGGAACACCAUUCACGAAUUUGGAUCUGGAGAUGAAUCCCCACGAAACAUUGGCCGCAGUUUUAACAGCAACUGUUGGAUCGUGGAUCAUCAUAAUAAUGAUCGACUGGCACCAAUUGGAUCAAUCGUUCCAAUGGCUUCCAACGAACAUUUCUACGGGUGGAAAACACUGGAGGUUCUUAAAAACUGGCGACCUCGCGAGAUAUGCACCAAAUGGUGACAUCGAGCUUAUUGGAAGAAGAGACACACAAGUCAAGUUAAGGGGCAGGCGAAUCGAACUUCACGAAAUCGAGUCGGUGAUCAAAUCAGUCCAGUCCGAGUUUACGCAUGUUGCUGUGGAUCUCGUCCAUCUACGAGAACGGGAUCACCUCGUUGCAUUUAUUUGUUCGAAGCCACAGAUUAAUGUAGACACCUCAGAGCACGCGACUGCGUUGGAUGGUUCUGUUGAUGUCUUGACCGCCGAAGACACCAUGCCAGCAGGUCUCGCAGAGAAGCUGGGCGACCUGCUUCCAACCUACAUGACUCCCUCAUUCAUUUUACCUAUCAAAUUCAUGCCAUUCACAACAUCUUUGAAGCUAGAUAGAAAGAAGCUGAGAGCUUACGCACAAAGACUUCCACCUGAGAAGCUUGGAGAGUUUACUGCAGAGGAGAGCGAAAAGGCACCACCGAUAACUGAUAUGGAGCACCAACUUCGUGAUUUGUGGGCAGAUGUUCUACAAAUUAAAGCGGAUGACAUUGGUCGAAGGGACAGCUUCAUGAAAAUCGGAGGAGACUCCAUUUCAGCUAUUUCACUGACCUCACUUGCUCGAGAACAAGGAAUCAAGCUUUCGGCUGCACGUAUAUUCGAGAUGCCACGACUUUCCGAGAUGGCACUGGCGGCCGUACGAACAGAUUGCUCCACGACGACAAUAACAACAAAGCAAUUCAGUAUGAUUCCGACAAAAAUGUUAAACACCUUUCUAACGACGGUGCGCGAAAAGUGUGAUUUGCAACAUAGUCAAGAAAUUGAGGAUGCUUUUCCGUGCACACCACUCCAGGAAGGGUUGAUGGGACUAUCCAUCAAGGAUCCUGGCUCAUAUCUAACAAGACGAGUAAUUCGACUUCCGGAGCAUGUUUCAAUUGCCAAGUUUCGUCUUGCAUGGGACAAAACCGUAAUACAAUGUGCCAAUUUAAGAACCCGCAUAGUAUCGCAUGAUGGAAAGACUUUCCAAGUCAUCGUCAAAGAUGACAUAUCGUGGCAGCACACAGCAAUAUCUGGCGAUCCAUCAACAGCUCUGAAGAACGUUGAAAUAGGUUACGGAAGCAGGCUAUGCUACUACGAAUUGAUUGAGGGAGACGGAGGGGCAGCGUAUUUCGCACUUUGUUUACAGCAUGCCAUUUACGAUGGAUGGGCUAUAAGAAUUGUGCUGGAUGUAUUACAACAAGCGUAUGAUGGAGGCCCUCCGCUUAUACUGCAUCCAUAUUCAUCAUUUGUCGAACGCAUACAUGCUACGGACAGGAGCUCUGCUCAAGCAUACUGGCUAGAACAACUAGCUGGCGCAAAAGGAGCAAAUUUCCCGGAACCUCCGACUUCUGGCAAGGUGGCCGAACGGAAAAUGCCUGCCAUGGACCAUUCAAAAAGUUACUUCUCGAUGUCACUACUGAAAGGUUCCCAAUUUACGACAGCGACGGUCCUUCGGGCUGCUUGGGCCAUCGUUCUCGCAGAGUACUGUGACACAGCUGACAUUUGCUUUGGAGCGACGGUAUCCGGCAGACAAGCCUCGGCUCCUGGGAUAGAACUAAUGGCCGGGCCAACUAUAGCAACAGUGCCCGUGAGGAUAAAGCUUGAUAAAGAGUUAACCGUGUCUUCGUUCUUAUUAGCCGUUCAGAAUCAAGCCUCAGAGAUGGUCGUGUACGAGCAGUUCGGAAUGCGAAACAUUUCACGGUUGAGUGAAGACAUUCGCGAGACAUGCAACUUCACAAGUCUUUUAGUUAUUCAGCCGCAUAAUAAGUCUGGAUCGACGAGCGACAGACCUGCUCUGCUACCACUGGGCACGGUAGUGGACGAAGCUGCUAAUAUGUUUGCAAAAUAUCCCCUUGUGGUGCAGGUUGGCUUGACGGGAUCCGACACCGUCGAGCUCGCGAUUAGUUACGAUAGUGCGAUACUGACCGCAGAAGAGGUUGUGGCACUUUCGCAUCAAAUUGGACAUGUCGCCUUGCAACUGGUUCAUCAACAAGACCAGCGGCUCGCCUCGGUUUCUGUGGCUGGAUCGUGGGACCUGCGCCAGAUUCAGAAAUGGAACAAUGAGCUUCAGUUGAGAAAUGAUGAAGCCUGCGUUCUUGAUUUGAUAUCUAUGAGAGUUGAACAAACUCCAUACAAGGAGGCGAUUUAUUCAACGAACAGCUGUUUAUCUUACUCCGAACUAGAUCGCCAAGCUACAAAGUUUGCCUUCUACCUCGCUCAAAUAGGUGUCCGACGGGGAAGCAUUAUUCCAAUUUGCUUUGAAAAGUCCAUUUGGGCAGUCAUUGCGAUUCUGGGGAUUCUCAAAGUUGGCGGAGUCUAUGUUCCCUUGGACGCUGCAAGUCCCAUCGGUCGGCGCAAAGGUUUGGUAGAACAAGUGGACGCAGCGAUUAUUGUUGUCUCACCGUUACAAGAGAUAUCAUGCAAGGGUCUAGCAAACAGGAUAGUUGUAAUAUCUGGAGAAUUUUUACGCCAAGUUCCUGAGCAGGAAACGAUUGUCCGCCAUGAUCUAUCACCGUCUGAUCCAGCUUACAUCUUCUUCACAUCUGGGACAACGGGCAAACCGAAAGGUAUCGUCGUUCAUCACAGGGCACUGUCUUGCAGUAUAAAAGCCCACUCAAUCAGAUACGGAAUUUCCAACCGUACACGACUAUUCGAAUUCUCUCACUACAACUUUGAUGUUAACGUUAUGAACAUCUUCUGCACAUUGACCGAAGGGGGGACCGUUUGUAUUCCGACAGAAGAAGAGAGACUGUAUACCCCGUCAGACUUCAUGACAAGAGCCCGAGUUGACUUCGCCUGCUUUGCACCGUCGUUUGCAAGAACCAUUCGCCCGCAAAGCGUUCCACAUUUGAAGACCUUGCUUGUUGGCGGCGAGGCUCUGGCGAAAGAUGUACAGGAAAUGUGGUGCAAUGAAGUCAAGCUCAUUAAUGGGUACGGUCCUACGGAGACCACCAUUAGCUGUGUGGCUUAUGAUGUGGUAUCUUCAAAUCGCUCCCCUAACGUCAUUGGGAAACCUUUCGCAAAUGACUGCUAUCUGGUAAAUCCUGAUGACCACAACCGACUCACGGCGGUUGGGUGUGUUGGCGAAUUAAUCAUCCACGGACACAACGUUGCGCAAGGAUACUUCAAUAAUAAGGAAAUAACCAAGCAAGUAUUCUUGGAAGGUGUUGAUUUCUUAGGACCAGAAUUGUGCGGAGACACUCGAAGGUUCUACAAAACGGGUGAUUUGGUCAAAUAUCUACCUGAUGGCAAUAUUCUGUACCUGGGAAGAAAGGACACCCAAGUCAAGAUUCGAGGCAAGAGAAUCGAAAUCGGGGAGAUCGAAGCCACGAUGAAAGGAACAAUCUCUGGAGUCAAACACGUCGCUGUUGAACUUGUGCGGCUCAAUACUCGCGAGGCGUUGGUGGGAUUUGUAUGCUUUGACCUCGAAACAACAGAAUUGCAGCGCGACACAUUGGAAAAGACGAAUCACCCUGACAUAAUUCCGUUGGAUGAUGCAAUUAAAAAAGUUCUCCUCAAAGCAAUUAGUUCCAUGAAGGAGACCUUGCCGGCUUAUAUGAUUCCGUCUAUAUUCAUACCUCUCCGCAUUUUCCCGUUCUUUUCAUCAUUAAAAUUGGAUAGGAAGACUUUGCAGGGAAUUGCUACGUGCUUGGAUUCAAAACAAAUUGCGGCCUUCAAUUUGGCGAGCAAGUCAAAAGUCCCACCUUCUACGGACAUGGAGAUGAAGCUUCAAGUGCUGUGGGCUCAAGUGUUAAAGAUCAGACAAGAAGAAAUUGGCAAACACGACAGCUUCCUGCAAAUUGGUGGUGAUUCGAUAAGUGCAAUAGAACUGGCGACAAUCUCAAAGGAGCAGGGAAUAAAUAUCACCGUUGCCAACGUUUUUGAGGCACCGCAGUUGGAGUCACUAGCGGCCAUUGCUAUUAAGAACAGCCAGGGCGUAAGCAGCGAAAAUGUCAAGAUUUAUAAACCAUUCGGCUUAGUCGGUAAGCCUGAAUCGGAGAAUAUUAUGACAGAGAUAGAACAACAGUGUGGAUUACCAUCGACAGACGAAAUUGAAGACGUCUUCCCUUGCACCCCUCUACAAGAAGGUCUCAUGGCACUGGCAGAGAAACAUCCUGGGUCAUAUGUCGGCAAACAGUUGUACGAAAUUCCUCGUCAUGUCGAUAUCGAGCUAUUCAAAUGGGCAUGGGAUCAGACCGUUCAGUUGUGCUGUAACCUUCGGACUAGAAUCGUUUGGGUGAAGAGCAAGUCGUGGCAGGUUCUCCUGAAGACGACGCAAGAUUGGGAGUUCAUGAACCUCAAGACGGCCACUGACGCUAUGGAUUCGCUAUCCAACACCAAGAUGCGGUACGGAGCUCCUCUUUGUCGUUACUCGCUUGUCCGGAGCGAUAGCGUGUUUUAUUUUGCGAUUUCUAUUCAUCAUGCGGUUUUUGAUGGUUGGACCGUGAACAUUAUCAUGGACACUUUACACAGGAUGUACUAUCGCAAGGACGUUCCCCAUUUGCAGCCCUACUCCAAUUUUAUCAAUUAUACAUUGUCUGUUGAUGUCACGGACGCACAGGAAUACUGGAAAAGGCAGCUUGAAGGGGCAGAAGGAGCUCGAUUUCCACCGCGAUCAAAUCAGGAAAUCGUCUCAGGCUGCACUUCCAUGGUAAAGAAAAAGGUAGCAUUUGGCAAUUCAAGGGAGACUUCCAUAACAAAAGCUUCCAUCUUACGUGCUGCUUGGGCGAUUGUCAUGGCACAAUACGGGAUGACCGACGACAUUUGUUUCGGCGCAACAGUGUCAGGACGACUGGCUUCCGUACCGGGAAUCGCUAAUAUGACAGGUUUAACGAUUGCGACGGUACCAGUUCGCGUUAAACUUGACUCGCAACAGUCUGCUUUAUCAUUCUUACAGGACAUCCAACACCAGUCGUCUGACAUGGUAGCCUACGAGCAACUUGGUCUACAAAAUAUUGCGAAAGUCAGUCAUUCCGCUAAAAUGGCAUGUGAAUUCAACAGCCUGUUUGUAGUGCAGCCAGUUCAGAGAAGCCAAGAGCCCGGUCAUGAUGGUAAACGCAUUCUGCAGGCUGCUGAAAUUAGUGAGCAAGUCGUCCUGGACUCUGCAGAUAGUUACUUCAACUUUCCCCUUACCGCGCAGUGCAUCUUGAACGAAAAAGAAGUUGAGCUUCAUUUGACGUUUCAAACAGAUGUACUGUCAAAAUUUGAAGUCACAGCAUUGUCGAAUCAUUUCAGCCAUGUCUUCAGCCAACUUCUAUCCCAAGACAGCACGCCGUUAGGAAAAGUAUCGGUUUCCGGCCACUGGGAUGCUGACACAAAGGCUGGAUGGCAAAAUACAGAUCAGGGCUUGGCGAUUGUUGAUCCUCGAAAUCAUCAUAACCUGGCGCCGAUUGGAUGUAUUGGAGAACUGCUUUACAUUGGUACAAAUGUAUCUGUGAAAUACCCCGACAGUACGGAACUUAACUUCGAUGACAAUCCAGACUGGGCGACUUCGUUGUUGAGCGAUGGCAGGAAAGCCUUCAGAACCGGCCAGCUUGUCCGUUACUCAGAGACUGGAACUAUUAUUGCUAUGGGUAAAAUGGAGGGCGCCAAAACACGACAAUCCCGUGUUGUGGUUCAGGAUAGUCUGCAAAAGUAUCCCUCAGCUCGGGACAAGAGGAGUUUGAUGGAGACCGAGGCGAGCCUUAGCACUUUGUGGGCACAAGUUUUGGGCUUAGACGAUGACGACGUAUCUCAAAGUGAUAACUUCCUCGAGAUCGGAGGCGAUUCAAUAAAUGCCAUUGAAUUGGUUGCACUGGCGCAGAGACAAGGCAUUAAUUUGACUGUGCCUAUGGUAUUUCGCAAUCCAGAGCUGGCGUCUAUGGCACGAGCAGCGGCAGUAAACCUCAAAGAGAUCACUUAUGAGGCAUCCCCCUUUAGCUUGAUUGAAUCCCCUUUGGCCGCUGAGUUGGAAUCUAACGUGGUUACCAGCUGCGGUCUCUCAUCCUUUGACGAGGUUGAGGAUUUGUAUCCUUGCACUGCGCUCCAAACAGGACUCAUGGCUCUCACUGUUACGCAGCCAGGGUCGUAUGUAAACAAGAGCGUCUUCAAGGUGGACAAAGCUACUGAUACGGAAAGAUUUAUUGCUGCGUGGAACCAAACAGUUGCGACCUUUACAAAUCUCCGCACGAGAAUAAUCCUCGAUUCUGGUCGUGCUCUACAAGUCAUCACCAAAAAGGGGACCGCAUGGGAACUCAAUCCGUUGGACCUGAAGGUUGAAAAUAUUCGAAUGGGCUACGGUCAGCCUCUCUGCCGUUAUGGCCUCGACAGAGAUGCUCAAGGGGAUGAAGUGUUUGUAUUGGUGAUGCACCAUGCAAUUUACGACGGAUGGACUAUGAAUCUCAUGGCAAAUGCCUUCCGGAGGGCAUAUAGCGGUGAAACCGGAACGCAAUUGCAGCCUUAUGCAAAUUUUAUAAAAUACAAUCUGUCUCUGGACAGUCAGGAUGCUGCCUCAUAUUGGACAGCAUACCUUGACGGCGCCACACCAUCAUCGUUUCCUGAUUCAAAACGUACUCGGAAGAAGGGAAUGGCUGGUGGUUCCGGCUCAUUGAGCAAAAGGGUCUUGUUACCGAAAGCUCUGGAGUCUCCAGCAACGAAAGCAACACAUGUUCAGGCCGCCUGGACAUUGCUCCUCUCGAGAUACUGCGCUUCAAAUGAUGUGUGUUUUGGAACUACAGUUUCUGGCAGGCAAGCGCCAGUUUAUGGAUUGAACAACAUGCCAGGCCCAACGGUGGCUACAAUCCCGGUAAGAGUUCGACUCGAAAGGUUGGAAACUAUGUCGCAGCUUCUCUCGGCAUUGCAAGAAGACUCGUCCAAUUGUGUCCCACAUGAGCAGUUUGGUGUGCAAAAUAUUGCCAAAGUCAGCCCAGAGGCACAGGCUGCCUGCACCUUUUCAAAUCUACUCGUCAUUCAGCCCGGAUUUGAGGGCUCUACGACGAGACCAGGAGAUCCAAUGUUACUUCAACCUCAAUCGACAGAGUCAACCGUGGGAGAUAUGAACAGCAAUUUUUUCAACUACCCGUUGGUGAUUCAGGCUUUUCUGUCAGAAGACGAAGUGGAAUUCUUCUUCACGUAUGACCGGAGAGUUAUAACCGCACAGCAGCUCGAGGCUGUAUCAAAUCAGCUGGAUCAUGUUUUAAAGCAAAUGUGCGAUAAGAAGGACCAACCGCUUUCCGAGAUAUCGCUUGUUGGACCGUGGGAGAUGGAACAUGCUAUUCGGGCCAGUGCGCUUCGAGAACCUACACAUGCAUGCACCCAUUGGCAAAUACUGGAGCAAAUCCAAAACCGACCGAAUGAUGAAGCAAUCUCGGCUUGGGACCAGACUCUUACAUACGCGGAGCUUGGGGCUCUUGCAUCCCGACUCGCCCAAGAGUUGGUUAGGUCAGGUGUUGGAUCGAAUUCGCCUGUUGCAGUGUGUUUUGAGAAAUCAUCAUGGGCAGUGGUAGCGAUGCUGGCAAUACAAUACGCCGGAGGCUCAAUUGUGCCGGUUGAUUCAGCGACGCCAAGGCACCGUCGUGCGGUCAUUAUUCAGGAAACCGGGUCUCGAUUUGCCUUGGUCUCACGACAGUUUCAUCAGACAUUCGGAGAUAUGGGCAUUCCAACUUUUGUCGUUGACGACGAAGCUGUGUCUAGCUUACCAGGUGCUGAACAGUUUGUGCCACCUGAGAUCCAGCCAAGUAACGUCAGCGUAACUCUCUUCACAUCGGGGAGCACCGGAAAGCCGAAGGGAAUUCUGCUCACCCACGAAAACAUUUGUUCUUCAGCAGAUGGUUACGGUGCUCAAAUGUCAAUUGGACCUGGGGCAAGAGUGUUCCAGUUCUCAUCAUAUGCCUUUGAUGUGGCCAUCCUUGACAUAUUUACAACUUUGAUCCGAGGCGGAUGCCUUUGCAUUCCUUCUGAUCAUGAUAGAAUGUAUGAUCUUGCCGGUGCUAUCAUGCGAUCAGAAGCCAAUUGGGCAUUUCUGACACCAACUGUUGCGAAUACGCUAUCACCAAAAGACGUACCAUGUUUGACGGCCCUGUGCCUUGGAGGAGAAGCUGUAUCAGAAACCACAAUACAGCAAUGGAGAGAUCAUGAUAUUCAGCUGUACAGUGGUUACGGACCGGCUGAGUCGUCCAUAUGCUCCUCGAAUUCGUGCAUAGUCACAGCUGAAACCCCAACCAACAUCGGAAGACCAAUAUCAAGCGCGUUCUGGGUGGUCGAGCCGUCAAAUGAGCGCAAAUUAGUGCCAGUUGGUUGUGUUGGAGAACUUCUCAUUCAAGGCCCGUUACUGGCAAAGGGAUACCUCAACAGUGACGCAACUUCUAAUGGCAAGUGGCUUGAAAACAUUGAUUGGUUACCGAAAGGGUUUCCGUCCAGAGGGUUUCUCACGGGAGACUUGGUCAAACUGCAUGGACAACGCAUAGAGCUAGCAGAGAUUGAACACCAUAUCUCUGUAGCCUUACUUGAGGCUGAUACCGUAGUUGUUGACCUUGUUCAAUGGAAUGACAACCAGGCUCUCACUGCCUUCAUCAGCUUACCCCGUGAUGCUAAUAGGGCCAAGCUUGCCAGCAUUUCACCCAAGCUUUCUGCUGCUUUACCAUCAGCAAUGAUCCCGAAAUAUUACAUCCCAAUGCAAAAGAUGCCGAUGACCCUGUCAGGCAAGUUAGACAGGGCAAGCUUACGCAAAACUGCCGCAGAAAUGACACCAGCGCAGCUACUGCAAUUUACAAGCACUGGGUACCGCGCGUCUCGCCCUUGUAGCACAGAACUAGAGCUGAGCAUACGGCAUCAUUGGUCCGAGGUACUGGGAAUACCAGAGUCUACUAUAGGAGCUGAGGAUAACUUUUACCAUCUUGGUGGAGAUUCCAUCAGAAUUGUGACUCUAGCUCAGCGUAUUCUGAAGGCAUACGGCGUCACACUUGGACUAUGGCUCAUAAAUAGCAAGGACACCACUGUUGCUUCCAUGGCAGAAUUGAUUGAGAGCACUGCCGUUGGCGAAGGAUUAAGAAAGGUGCCGACUCUCAACCUCGAAAUGGAGUUUGAUUCCAUCGUCAACCAGGCUUGGAAUCUGAGGAACGUAGUUGACAGCCCGAUCACAAAGCUACCUAAAAACGCUACAGUCUUCCUCACAGGCGGCACAGGAUACCUGGGGACCGAAAUUCUCAGACAACUGCUUGCAUCAGAUAACAUCUGCAGAGUCAUCAUAUUAGUACGAGCCAAAUCAACCUCCCACGGCCUUGAACGUGUCAAACGAACAGCCCAAAUUGCAGGUUGGUGGGAUUCUGCCAACACCGACAAAAUAACUAUCUGGCAAGGCGAUCUUGCCAAGCCGAACCUUGGUCUUUCAGAGGAUAAUCUACGACACCUACAGGGCAAAUCAACAACACACAUCCACGCCAUUAUUCACAAUGGGGCAGUCGUGAACUGGAACGCAGACUACAACAAACUUCGUCGCGCAAACAUCGAUUCUACAGUCCAACUCCUCCGACUAGCCACUUCCUCCACAGCAACCAAAUUCGUCUUCGUCUCAGGCGGCAUGAAAGAAACAGACCAGUACAACAACGAAGAUCUCUUCGCCAAAUUACUCCCCAAAUGCGGCUACGUACAAACGAAAAUCAUGGCGGAACGAAUAAUCCUCGAGAUCGCGUCACGACUACCCGCGCUCCAAAACCGGAUAUCAGUCGUCAAGCCAGGUCUUAUUAUUGGCCCGACACAAACUGGAGUUGCGAAUAUAGAUGACUUUCUGUGGCGCGCAGCAGCUACGGCCGUUUCGAUGGGCAAGUGUCCUCUCGAAGGAGAAGCAUGGCUGCACAUUGCUGACGUGGAGUAUGUUUCUGGCAUAAUAAUCAAUCAGGUAUUCUCUUCGGAGAUAUGCACGUCGGUAGACAUGCUGGAGGGGAUGUACAUGUCCACGUUUUGGGACCUGAUUCACCAGGAACUCUGUCUUGAAUACGAUACUAUCCCCUUUCCAGAGUGGGUUAAACUGGCGCUCGAGCAAGUGAAUCGUGUUGGGGAGAGACAUCCUCUCUGGGCGGCUCAGCACUUCUUGACGCAGCCUGAUGGGCAAUCUUCUCGCCCGGAUGGGUACGUUACACCCCAGGAUAUGUGUGACGCUAUGAGGAGUAAUGUGCGGUAUCUGGAGGGAAUUGGCUUUAUUAGACGGUCAAUUGGGGGGUUGGGUAUCGUGAAUGGGGAUGUGAUUGGUAGGUCAAACAUGGCAGAUUAUGAAGAGUGA